CAAUAAUACUGCGCGUAAUACUGAAUAAAAACUGCUCACAACAUUUAAAUUACUCGGUCACACUGGGUUUUCGUGGCCCUUCGCCAAAUAAAUCAUUUCCCAAACUGAAUUAGGGAGAAAAAAAAUAUCUGUAAAACCAAACCAAAAAGUGCUUCAUCUUCUUGUUCACGUUCUUCUUUGCGCAGCGCUUUGCUCACCGAGAGGAAAAACCGCUCAUCUAGCUGAUGGUCUCUCCAAGAUUACCCUAUCAGGUGCAAACCACUGACAUGUUUCCACCCACCAACAACAAAAAAGCCUCUCUGUGCCCAAAUCUCAAGCCGCAGACGCACAAACACCACUGACAGGCACUGCUGCGCCAUCAUCAGCUCCCGAACCUCUUCAGGGAUCCGCUGCUGCUACUACCGCUGCGAUUUCCACACUACUUUUUUUCUCUCUUUGAAAAAGCAAAACUUAUGCUUGGAAAAGUUUAUUUGCGCGCAGUUACCGACUUGUUUUUUGGUGGACGGCCGGCUUAUUUUUCACCGCUUUUUUUGCCCCCUCUCCCACCGUAGCUCUUGGUCCAAUAAAAUGACCCAUGCAAGGUGUAGAAAUCCCCCACAGGUACGGACGGAGCUGAGGAGCCUGUGAUCUCUGGAGGAGCAGGUUUGGGUUUGUGGGGUAACUUAGCUAAUAGGUGCGCAAAACUCAAAGGAUAUUUUUUUUUUUUGAGGGAGAGGGGGGAUCUGUUUGGAGAGGUCGAUUCCUUUUCCACGUUUGGCGACGACCUACGGAGACGUUAUUUCGGGGAGCGGAGGAGACUGAGCUGAGAAAAAAAGAAAAAAAACAUUCUUGUGGAUAAUUUCCCCCUACAAGGAAGCACCCAAUGUUGCACGCCGAAACUGUGCUGCUCCUCUCCGGUCAUCUAUCCUUACACUGGGAUUCAAUCUCCUACUUACCCCCGGAGUUGUGUGCGUAAAAGACGCGCACGGGGAGCGAAAGCGAGAGAGAGGGGGGCGAUUUCGCCAACCUUUCCCGGGGCUCUAAAUCUGUGGAAGCAGGUGUAAUUCAGCUGUAUUUCUGCAAGCCAAGAUGUCUCUGCUGCCUUCGAGGUUCAUAUACCUGUGUUUACAUUUUCUGGUACUCUAUUUCCAGCUACAGGAAUCCCAGCAGAGCUCUGCUGAUUUCAGGUUUUACAUCGAGAACCACACGAGGAACCCAGACGACCUGAGUCGGAAGCAGGUCCGGAUCUACCAGCUGUACAGCAGGACCACGGGCAGACAUGUGCAGAUCCUGGGGAAGAAAAUCAACGCCAACGGAGAUGAUGGGGGCAAGUAUGCUCUUCUUGUUGUUGAGACAGAAACCUUCGGGAGCCACAUUCGAAUAAAAGGAAAAGAGAGCGAGCAUUACAUCUGCAUGAACGAGAAGGGCAAAAUAGUUGGGCGGCCCGAUGGAAGGAAGCAGGAGUGCGUCUUUGUUGAGGAAUUCCUGGAGAACAACUACACGGCUCUCGUGUCGGCCAAGUACAAAGGAUGGUACCUCGGCUUCAACCGGAAGGGGCGGCCCAAGAAAGGCUCGCAGACCACACAGAGGCAGCAGGAAGUCCACUUCAUGAAGCGGCAGCCGAAGGGCGUGGUGGAUCCACUGGAGGAGUUUCGUUUCACCACAGUAACUAAGCGGACACGAAGGGCUCGGCGAUUAAAACCCAGCUCCAAGAGGAACUGAUGGCACAAGCGUUCCUCGCGGGGGGAAAAAACAAAAACAACAAAACAAACUGUACCUGAAAAAUCUCAAGCUUCUUACAAGAAUCCCCUUAAAGACUUCACUUCUGUAAAAGACAAAAAGAACAAAAAAAAGGUCAAAGAUGUUUUAUUUUUGUAUUUCAGGAUGACUGAAUAUUUCCUAACUCUUGGAUUCUUCUGGGUUGAUGUCACUGUGCUAACGUGUCUGUCAUGUUAUUUAUACUGGAUAAACUAAAGGACCUCUGAGAGAAUUCCUGUCGCCGUCGUCCUCAGCCGCGUUUGAACUGCAAGCUGAAGGCAUGCUUUCUUUUUGACAAUGGGAGCUGAAGCAGGAGCUGACGUAAUGUUAUAAAAAUCAGCCAACUAGAGAUUUAUUGGAAUACCUGUCGGUUUUUGUUUGUGUUGCCCCUGACAACGCGGAUCCCAUACUUUCCACUGGAAUUAGACACCAUGGAGAUGAAACGGAGAGAGGUGGCAGUCGCAGGUGACACUGUGCUGCCCGGAUAACUGUGUAGCUUUGAGUGCAAUAUUUUACAGGCCUUUUCUCUUCCUCUUUUUUUUUUUUCCCAUAUGUCUCUCAACCUCAGCUUCACUCGUGGCUCCUGGAAUGCGCUCCGAGUACUGUGUGUGAUUUCUUUGACAUUUCCACGCGGGCCUGUGAUUCAGCUAAAACGCAACAUGCUUUGACUAGUCAGGCGCCCGCCGUGGCUUUGGUCUUGUUUAAACACUAAGGGAAGAAGAAAAAAAGACAAUACAAGCAAAAAAAAAAUAUAACAGCUGAUGUGAUUCAUGAUUCCACACUGUCUUCCAGGCUCAUCACGUUUGGGGACGGAUGUUAAUCCCUUCGUCUCCCUCCUUGGACUCCCGUCAGCUCACAUGUGUUAAAGCUGUUCUACGAAAGGAUGCCUCGAUUCUCUGAGUGUGAGCUCUAGCUAGUAUUUUGGGGCUGGUGAUGACUUCCUCUACCUCCUUGUUCUUUAUGUUUAUCUUUACCUAGUCGCGCUGUCUGCGUUCAGUUAAUCUCAAGAACCUUUCAGUCGACUCUGAGCUUGAACUGGGCUUUUUUUUUUCUCCCUCCACUUUCCAAAAUCAUCUUUCGACUGUGAGCUCAUCUUCGCUCCUUUCGCUCUCGCUAGAAGACAGUCUCAAAGAUGCUUUCGGGAACACGUAGCCCUCGUGCUUGUUUGUCAGAUCAGUCAUUCCUGGACAGGAAUGCUGAACACCACUCACCCUUCGUCACUUCGUAUUUGACAAUUAAAGCUUUUUCCUCAAAAAAAAAAAAACAACUUGUCCAGGAUUCAGGGAAUAUUUU